AUGGCCACCGGAGGCGCGCCGGAGCCGGAGGAAGAGACCGUCGUCGUCUUCCCCGAUUGGGUGAUGCUGGGCCGCAUCGGCCGCACGCGCUGCCACAACGGCCUAGACGCUGCUCGUGUGGCUGUUAACAAGAACAAGACCACCGCUCCACUAGACAUGAACGGCGGCCCCUCCUGCUACGUGUCCUUCACCCUCGCGGCUCCUCCAAAGGGGGUCUCCUACCUCAACGUCCACUGGCCGGAGGAACAAGGCUCAGCCCUCUCUCCCGCCUAUGCCUACGUCCGGGCAGCUGACAAGGACCUCGUCCUCUUCGACAUCUCCACCCCGACCCAGACUGACAGCUACCUCGUCCCGCCGGAUCUGUUCGUCUACACGGCCGCCGGUUCUUCCCCCUCGGUGCAGCGGCUCCCUCCGUUCACCAGGGAGAGAGGUAGGGCGUUCCUGAUGGGUAGCCUCCCAACAGGCAUCCUGCGGCUCAAGACGGCGGACCGCUACAUCGUCGCCGAGCUCAAUGUCACGGGCAAUCCUUCCAUGCCUGCCGAACUCUGCGUCUUCAACUCCGGGACUGGGAAGUGGAAAAUCAUCCACAAGAUCAAGAUGUCUACCACGCAGCUGCAGGACCAGAGCAACGGCUGCCACUUCUUCCACCUCUGGUCAACCCACCAGGUGCUCGCUUUCGACGGCCGUUUCCUCUGCUGGGUCGACUACUUCACCGGCGUCCUGCUGUGUGACUUCUCCACCAUAGACUCGCCAGCGCUCCGCUUCGUGCCAUUCCCUGGAGAGAAUGACUACCAUAAUGAGGUACGACUCGAAAGUUACUACCCGGAGAGAUACCGAAGCGUGUCCGUCAGCCAGGGCAAGAUGCGCUUCGUCCACAUUGACAAGGACUUCCAUGACAGAAUCCACUAUCGCUCCCGAUGGGUUCAGCAGCUUCCUGAGAGGAAAAGGCAGCAGCAGCAGGCUCGCCAGAGAAUCACCAUCUGGACUUUGAGCUCGGAGUUCCAGUGGGAGCUGCACCGCGUGAUCAACCUGGAUUGUCUAUGGGCACAACGUGGCUACGAAGCUCUGGGCAUACCGCAGCGUCUUCCCGAGUUCCCGUUCAUCAACCCGGAUGACCCGGAUGUUCUGUGCUGCCUUUUGAGGGAGAAGGAAUUUCGUGGUAAGGCCUGGACGAUCAUGGUUGACAUGAAGCAUGCAUAUCUGCGGUCAUGUACUCCGUACUGUAUGAAGUGUGCGGAUGCGGAGUGUGGUGGGUGUGUGGAUGACGGAUCCAGGUUUCCUCCAUAUGUCCAACUACUUCCAACUGUCUUCUCCAAAUACCUUGAAAGCCCAACAACAUCAAAAGAAAGAAAAAAGAAAAGAAAAAGAAAGGCUAACAGGCACACCUAG